CUAUAGAGUAUAUAUACUAUACUAAUGAGUUUAGGGAGAAGUGUAAAAUAAAAUAAUGAAUAAAAUUUGCCGUAUAUGCUUGGAAGAGGGAGUCAUGUCGUCUAUAUUUGCAAAAAAUUUUAAUUUAUCUCUUUGCGAUAUGAUAGAGUAUUGUUCACCUAUAAAAAUCAGAAAAGAUGAUGGUUUGCCAGAACAAAUGUGUAGCAAUUGUGUAUACAAACUUGGAAUUGCAUAUCACUUUAAACAAACUUGUGAAAGUGCUGAUCUACGCCUUCGGCAGUAUUUAGGCCUCAGAAUGCCUGAAAAGUGCAGUGAUGCUGCUGUUAUGACUGAACCUGUGCCUAUACAUACAACUGUUAUUAAGAAAUGCAGAUGUAAGAUACCAGAGCAAAGAAAAAGUAGUUCCAAUUAUAAAAAAAAAACAGAAUCUGAAAAACAAAAACGUGGACCAAAACCAAAGCCUAAACAAGAACAUAACUGUUAUCAGUGUGACAAGCAGUUUCGAUGUCAAGCACAACUGGAAAUGCAUGUUAGAACUCAUACUGGAGAUAAACCUUUUCUGUGUAUGUAUUGUCCUCGCCGUUUUACUCAGAAGCACAACUUGACUAUACAUCUCCGCGUGCACACAGGAGAAAAACCAUUUCAAUGCGAGGUUUGCAGCAAAAGAUUUUCUGCUCAAGGAAACCUCCAAGCACACCUCAAAAUACACACUGGUCAAAGAGAUCACGCAUGUUCCUUGUGUUCAAAAUCGUUUAUAACCUCAAGUGAACUAACUCGGCAUAUGAAUAAACAUAGAGGUGUGAAGAACUUUAAAUGUGAUUUAUGUGGGGCUGCCUACAUACAUUUAAGAGAUUUUAAAUUACAUAAGAUGAAGAAGCAUCAAAUAUGUGCUCAAGUCACUAAGAAUCAACAUGAUAAUUAUAAUAAUAGUACAAACAUAGAUAUUAUCGGCAUAGACGUGGGCAGUGAUAUACCACAAAUACCAAUUAAUUCUACCAAAGACUUGAAUCAUCAUAAUAUACAGCAUCUCAUCAAUGACAAACAACCACAAAAUAUAUUAUCCCAUCAAAAUGUGGCUUCAUAUGGAGGAACAAAGGAAUUAAAAGACAUGUAUGUUGGUGAAAAUCACAACUGUGCUAUAUGUGGCGAAAAUUUUGAAUACCUCAAUUCCCUGGCACAACAUUAUCUGCAUGACCAUAAGGGAUAUGAUAGUCCAAAUAUUAUGAGCAUGAAAAGUUUCAGUGCACUUUAAAAUUAGGGGAAUCGGCUUUUUUAAAUAAACAGAGUCCUUAUUA